AUGAGAAAGGAAAAAACUUUAAAGGUUAGUAUUGAUGAGAUAAAGAAAUACUGUCCAUUUGUUAAACAAAUUCAUCUGUUUUACAAGAGUAAUGAUAAUAAGAACAAUGUUGUUUUAUCAGUAAUGUCAAAUUUAUGUCCCAUAGGAAAGGCUAUAAAUGAAAAACAUAUAAUAAUCAUAGACAAUAAGUCCAAAAUAAACUUAUUUAAAAUUUUAAGAGGGUCUAAUAUAGGUCUGAGGCAUCUAGUGGAAACGUGUAUUAAGAAAAAUGAUACAAUCGAUAAUGUGGAUAAUAGCAUUAUAGGAAAUUAUAAAAAAAGUGGAAGAGGAGAAGAGAAAGGACAUUCAGAAUUUGCGCAUAACAAUGAAGGAGGAAAAGACAGUAACAUACCUGCAUACGAACUAAUUAUGAAAAAUAAUUUUAGUAAAACAUUAACAAGGUCAGAUAAAUCAUAUGAAGCAUUUCAGAAAGAGUGUUCGAACGAGUUGAAGGGACUUAUAAAUAAUCUUUUUUUAGACAAAAGGUAUAGAGUAUUUAAUAUAAUAAAUAAAUGCAGGAAAUAUUAUCCCAGUGUGUAUAUUGAAAAUAAUAGGUUGUUACUCCCCAUUUUUUACGAAUUUUAUCAAAGAUAUGGUUACAUGCCCUGUAUAGGAAACGCAGCAUAUAAAGUGGUAGGGUCACCCGAGUGCUCCUCGAUAAGGGGAAGAGACAUUGGCAGUAGUUCCAUCAGAAGUAGUUCCAUCGGAAGUAGUUCCAUCGGAAGUAGUUCCAUCAGAAGUAGUUCCAUCGGAAGUAGUUCCAUCGGAAGUAGUGGCAGUGGUAGUAGUGGCAGUGGAAGUAGUGGCAGUGGAAGUAGUGGCAGUGGAAGUAGUGGCAGUGGAAGUAGUGGCAGUGGAAGUAGUUGCAAACCCAGUGAUGGGAGCAGGGGCCACCAGGAUCUAUCGGAAAGGAACGAAAGGUACUUGUGCAAUUUUUUAAAUGUGCAUAAGGGCAGAGUUACUAAUGAGAAAACAGUAGUGUGGUGUUCUAAUGAUUAUUUGUGUUUAUCGAAUAAUGAGAAGAUAAUAGAUGUAGGAAUAGAAACUUUGAAAAAAAUUGGUAAUAGUAGUGGUGGAACAAGAAAUAUCUCUGGUAGUCUAGUGAACCAUACACACUUGGAAUACAUUUUGGCAAGAUGGUUUAAUAAGGAAAGUGCUUUAUUAUUUACAUCGGGAUAUGUGGCAAAUGUAGGUGCAUUAGGAACAUUAGGUAAACUACUAAAUUUGAUAUAUGUAUCAGAUGAAAUGAAUCAUGCAUCUAUAAUAAAUGGAAUUAAAGAAUCAAAAUGUGAGAAAUAUAUAUUUAAACAUAAUGAUAUGGUGCAUCUAGAAAAAAUUCUAAAAAAUUUAAGAAUGGAAAAUGAAUAUGCAAAUAGAAAAAUUAUGAUAGUUUUUGAGUCUAUAUAUAGUAUGUCUGGACAUAUUUCACCUAUUCCACAGAUAGUUCAUUUAGCAAAAAAGUAUAAUGCUUUAACUUACGUUGAUGAAGUUCAUGCUGUAGGUUUAUAUGGACGAAAAGGCUCAGGCUAUUUAGAAGAGUUAAAUAUGUGUGAUCAUAUUGAUAUUAUUAAUGGUACUUUAUCCAAAGCUAUAGGUUCAUUAGGAGGUUUUAUAUGUGCCAAUAAAUUUUACAUUGAUGUUAUUAGAUCCUAUUGUUCUCAUUUUAUUUUUACUACUUCUCUUACUCCUGUUAAUAUAAAUACAUCUGCUGAAGCUAUACAUAUAAUACAAAACGACAGAAAUUUAAGAAAUAAAUUUCGUCAAGUAGUAAAAAAAACUAAAGAAAAAUUAAUAGAAAGAGGUAUACAUAUUAUAGACAAUAAAUCACAUAUUGUUGUCUCUUUAAUUAACUCUGCUGAAAAGUGCAAACAAAUUUGUGAUGACCUGCUCUCUGAAUAUAACAUAUACAUACAGCCAAUAAAUUACCCGACGGUUCCAAAGGGGUCAGAGAGAAUUAGAAUAACGCCGUCACCAUAUCAUACCGAUGAACAUAUUUCCAAAUUAUCAGACAGUUUGUAUACUUUAUUUAAAAGACAUGAAGUUAACAUGUUUGAUAUGAAAAUAAAACUGAAUGAAGUGAAACUUUAA